AUGGAAGAGACAAACAGUCCACCCGGCUCACCGGGCGGCCCUCUUCAGGCCGUCACUGCGGACCGUGUGAACCAACAAAGAGAGCGGGAGUCCGCAUUCUCUCACCUACGUGGUGGCUCAAGAGAUAACUCCGUUCAUGAUAAGAUCAGCCAGUUCAACAACCUUAGUGUUACUAUGCAAUCAAAACAGCUGGAACGCAAAACAGCAGAUGCUGCUUUGAAGCGCGCCAUGCUUGGCCGCGAAGAGGCCGAGACUGAGUUGCGCAAAUAUAGAGAGGAGAACAAAAAUCUACGAAAGGCCAUCGAUGAGGGUAAAGACCGUGAGCGAAAAGUCGGAGAGCGUCUGGAGUCGUUGAUGGAGAACUAUGGCCGAGCAAAGGAGACCCAUGCACACACACAAGCUUUAUGGGAAAAGGAGAUACGCCGUGCACGAAAAGAGACAUUCAAAACGCAAUCAUCGAUCGUCAAGCUCCAAGAAGAACUCAAGUCAGCACGUACCAACGCAAAGAUGAUCGACGAAAACCUUAAACGAGAAAAGGCUAGGAGCAAAGUUCGAGAACAAGAAGCAUUCGAAGCGCGCUAUCAGAUUGUUGGUGUCCAAGAACGACUAGAUCAAGCACUGGAGCGUAUCAAGCUCGUCGAGCAGGAACGUGACGCCUACAAGACUGCAGCCAAGAACGAAGAAGUUGCCCGUAUCGCUGCCGAAGGUCGCAUUCCUCUACCGCCACAGGAUGCUGACGAUGAGUUUGGCUCUCCUAACAAGGACAAGAGGCGAGUGUCAAGAGAUCCUCGAGUUUCUCUAUCGACAAUGGACAUUAUCUCCUCGGAGGCCAGUGAGGUUGAGAUUGAGGAAUUGUCCACUCAGUUGCAGUGGGAGCGUCAAAGAGCAGACCGUGCACACGAAAUGAUUGAAUUCUUACAGGCCGAAUGCCAUCUCCGUUGCUGUGCUUGCUCGAGGUCAACCCGUCGUGCCAGUGUCGAGGCCCCUCGCCAGAAACGCCGAAGCUCUUUUGGACUCGAGGGACCAAACGACAAGGUCCUGAAACUGGAUAGUGAGGCAGUAGAGGGCGAGAAGCGUACUACAACUUCUCCCUGUAUCGAGGAACCGCAUGUACGGACCGAGCCCGACAGAGGAACAGAGCCUGAUGCUCAGCCUGAGUCAGUCCAAGAACAGCACCUCCAAGAGCCCCUUCAACGUAUAAUUAAAUCCAGGAAAGAACCCCGUCGAAGCACCAUAUUCUGUCCCAAAGAAGGCAUUUUCCGGACGGUUUCGGAGCAAGAAGCCGAGAUCAUUGAGGCACAACGCAGAAUCGAAGAGACCGAGGCUGCUGCCAAGGGUCAGCGAGAAAGCCAUGCUGAGAGCAAAUAUCAGGAUGUUGACGAGGUUGUAAUUGAAGAGCAAGUUGAGGCUGAAACCACGAUCGGUGAUGGCACUGAGAUGGAGCCUCGUUACUCUGGCGAGUACGAAAACUACCGGAGAUACGCACGAACCCCUUCGGUCGAGCCUCCAGCCUUCGCCAUGCUUGCUCAAGAAAGAACAUCAUUGGCCUCACUUCUCAACGCUCCUCACAGUCACUCAGCACCUGUUCCUUCAGUACCGACCAUGCCAGACGUAGCUGAGGAUAUACUUGUCUCUCCUGACACUCGACCUCAUACCACAAAUGCCUUCUACACCGUCACCACCACGACAACCGUGCCAGUCCAUGACGACAAGGUCGGGAAUAGUGCCUCUUUCAACGAACGCCUUCGCACACCAUCACACAACAGCACAGGCACCACCUUUGAUAUGUCAAAUCCUGCUCUCACCCCUACCAUGACACGCGAGCAGGCUCUCGCGAAGAUCCGUGAACGUCGUGGCCGUGCCCGUUCAAUGGCACAGGGCACAAUGACACCCAGCCGUCGAAUGGUCGAGGGCAUUGAACGACGAGAUAUGAGUGCUCCUACGGGCAAGGUUGCUGGCAAAGGGCGAUAA